UCUCCCUCUCUUUCUCUCUCUUCUCCAACCUCCCCAGAACAAACAAAAACCCUCACAAAUUCAAACAUUCUCUCCCUGCUCCUCUCGUAAUACCCAAAUCAACAAUCACUCGCUACACUUUUCUCGAUUCGAUCAAUAUUACUGAAUGGAUCAGAUUCAUCUUCAUCAUCAUCAUCUUCAUCCCCAGCAUCAGCAGCAGCAACAUCAUCAUCAUCAUCUUCCUCCUCAGCCUCUUGGUAUUACCAUGAACGUCGAUGUGGGUAGUGGCGUCGUCGUCGACAGGUUGCCUCAGUGGAGCGUCCAAGAGACGAAGGAGUUUCUGGCGAUUCGAGCAGAGCUGGAUCAGAAUUUCAUGGAGACCAAGAGGAACAAGCAGCUAUGGCAACUCAUCUCUAACACCAUGAGCGACAAGGGUUACCUUCGAAGCCCAGAACAGUGCAAGUGCAAGUGGAAAAACCUCGUCACCAGGUACAAGGGAUGUGAAACAGCGGAGCCAGAAAUUGUGAGGCAGCAAUUCCCAUUUUACAACGAGCUUCAGGCGAUUUUCACGGCGAGGAUGCAGAGAAUGCUGUUGGUGGAGGCGGAAGGCGGAGGAGGGAAGAAGAAGACGGCGAACGCGUCGUCGGAAGACGAGGACGAGAACGAAGAGAUGAGCACAGGUCAGCUGGGAGAGAGAAGCUCGAGGAAGAAGAAGAUGAAAAGGAGCAAAAGUUACAGCGAGAAUUACAGCAGUAGUAACAAGCUGAAGGAGAUUCUGGAAGAGUUCAUGAGACAACAGAUACAGAUAGAGUCACAGUGGAUGGAAGCCUUUGAAGCGAGAGAUAAAGAGAGGAAGAUGAAGGAGAUGGAAUGGAGGCAGGCCAUGGAAGCUCUGGAGAAUGAGAGGAUGGUGAUGGAGCAGAGAUGGAGAGAGAAGGAAGAAGAGAGAAGGAUUAGAGAAGAAGCUAGGGCUGAAAGAAGAGACGCUUUAAUCACAGCUCUUCUUAACAAGCUCACAAGACCACAAAUGUAGUUAGUUAAUUAAUUAUAUUUAUAUUUUGCAGGAUUAAUUAGUUGUAGUUAUAGAUUAAUUAUAUAGUUAAUUAUAUUCUAGAACCCUCCUUUAUUCUUGAAAUAUCUAUCUAAGCUUCCUUCAUUAGCUAAUCAAUUUUUUCUUUGAUGUC